AUGGAAGCCCAUUUUGACCUAAUUCAGCACUUUGCUGGUGGCAGUCUCCUCCUCACAGAACACGGGGAAGCUAUCUACACUUCUGCAGGCCGCCUUGCCUACCCCAUCCAUCUGGAAAGCGGUCAGUACCAGCCCGCCGUCUAUCUGCUACGCUAUGGCAAUACUAACCAGACAGAUAAAGUGGCUAGCAACUCAGCCUUGCAAAGGACGCAAGUAAGGGAAUCUGGCGAAGAGUCAUGUACCGAUAGCGGCAGAUCCCUGAAAAGUCGACCUAAACUGCCGGUCACCGAGAAUCUGAGCAAGCCGAUGUUGGCAAGUGAGGCACACGACUUUCCCGGAGUAGUUGUAAGAGGGGAAGGAGUUAUGCCAAACUUGGUGGAGACUGUCGAUGCUAUGGGGAACUGCUACACUGUGGACAGAAUGGGCAGAUGCUCUAUCACGCUUGCUGGUAAGUGA